AUGAAUCAGCAAUCGCUUGCAGGAAAGUCGGUGGUCGUGACGGGGGCCGCCGGGGGACUAGGUAAGGUUAUCGCCACAGCUUUCCUGGACGCAGGCGCCAAUGUGGCUGUCUGCGACGUCAAUGAAGAUCGUCUUUCACAAGCCAGAGCGGACUGGGAGGGUUUCUCGACCAGAGUCCUGGUCUGCAAGGUCAAUGUGACGAAGAGCGAAGAGGUGCAGCGCUUCUUCGAUGACGUGGUAGCAAAGUUUGGCCGUCUCGAUAUGCUCAUCAAUAACGCCGGCGUGAUGGAUGCAUUUGACCCUGUCGGGUCAACCGCCGAGUCGAUGUGGGAUCGUGUCAUAUCGAUCAACCUCACUGGCACUUUUAUCUGUACCAAGGCCGCUGUUACUGCAAUGGAAGCCCAAUCUCCCUCUGGAGGCGUGGUGAUCAGUAUCGGAUCCGUUGCUAGUUAUCGUGGCGUCAAUGCUGGCGCAGCCUAUACCGUCAGCAAGCACGGCAUGCUCGGGCUCAUGAGGAACACCGCUGGCUACUACGGAGAGAAAGGCAUAUUCUCCCUGGCUCUGCUCUUGGGUGGGAUGGAUGAUACACAUAUUAGCGAGAGUUUCUUGAACGGUCCAUUCAACCAAGAAGGCAUGAUGAAGAUUGGUGCCGUCAAUCCGGGGUAUGUGCCAGGGAAAACCAAUAUUCCUUUAACAGAUGUUGCCAAGUACUGCUUAUUCUUUUCCGACACGAACCUGGCCGCUGCAUCCAAUGGGGCGGCUAUCACUGUAAACAAGAACUGGCCAGAAGCAUAA